AUUUUAGCUGGAAGCUGUCAGCACUGAAUAACGGAACUAAGAUGCAGUCCCUUCGCGCUCCUGUAUCAAUUCGGCCAUGCAAGCUUACUAGGCCAGUGUUCGCGCCAGUACGCGCGCCAGCUUGCGUUGUGCGCCAGCGAAGAGUUGAUGUCCAUGCCGUAAAGCAAUGGCCGGACCCUGAGUUUAUUAAGGAGACGCUUGCACAGUUCCCAGAUAAGGGCAUCGCGACCGUUGAGGAGGCCAGGUGCCUGUUUUCCAACGGCGGCUAUGUAUGGCUGGAUGUGCGCUCGGAACUGGAGAACGAGGAGGUCGGCAAGGUGAAGGGCAGCGUCAACGUGCCCUUCGUACACCUCAAGCGCGUGUACGACCCAGAGAAGCGGGAGCGGAUCAUGAAGAAGACGCCCAACCCCGACUUCGUUAAAAUGGUUGAGAAGCGCUUCCCCAACAAGGACGCCAAACUCAUGGUGGGCUGCUCCAACGGCAAGGCCUACUCCAUAGACGCCCUAGAAGCUCUGGACGAGGCCGGAUACACCAACCUGACCUUUGUGCGCGGCGGUUACAACGCCUGGUUCCGAGUCUUCGACAACAAACUCAACCGCCGCAACUACGGGGAAUACCAGGAGCGGUACGACGGGCAUGACCAGCUGUCCAUGGGGGAUAGCGCGGGGAUCCAUGCUUCGGGUGCGGGUUUCGACAAGGUGGACAAGGCGGAUCGCUGGUCGCUGCCGGUGUAUUGAGGGAUGGCCCGGAUGGGCGGGACCUUGCUUGACGCAGGGGCACGCACGGUAGCACGGUUAUGUGCAGCUUAUGCACAUGUGCAUGGUAGGUAGCGGAUGAGGUAUAGCAGUGGGCGGUGGAGGUGAUGAGGGUGCGGUUGUCAGAAGGGGUGAAAGUUGUUGGUGGCGGGGUAGGUUUGCUGUGCAUGGGAGCUAGGUGGUUGCAGGCGUGAAGGGCCCGGGGGAUGCGGGCAGCUGCGGGGGGAUGCGCGAAUGCCGGAUGGUGACAGAGGCAGCGAGGCGAUACCCUCAUGAUGUACGAUGUUGUAGCAUUAGGUGUGCAUUUGAACUAUAAUUGACGGCCCUUCUUGAAGUGGUGCCGGAAUGUUUGACUUUCUGGCUUUGCCGGUACCUUCACACGCCUUGUAUGUACGCAUUUAACAUGACGUGUCCGACAUACCGGAAGGCCUAAUCCAACCUCUCCUCCCUCCUCCUCGCGGAGCAGAGGCAUGAAGCCUAUGUGACACGCGGCACAUGUGGCAGACACUAUGCCCAUGUGGCAUGUCGUACGUUGCGGGUUACCAUGCGCCGAAAGGUAUCGUAGGAGGAAUAGGGCAGAGCAUCUGUAGUCGCGUGUAUGCAGUGGCUGCGGGCUCCUAGGGAACCGCGCUCCCUUGGGACACGGGUUCUGCUUAAGCAGGCAUCGAGGCAUGUGAACGGCAGUGGUAUGGCAGUACGGCACGAAGGCUGACGUACGGCUGUGGUUCUGGGGCUAUAUGGAGGCCCUGACACCUGCAUAGUGCGAGGCAUCGGACUUGAGGCGUUGGUUAAAUCGCAAAAUGUUCCUCUUGCUAAGAAAGAGCGACCGUAAAGCAAAUGCAAA